AUGUCUACAUCCGCUCGCCGCCGUCUCAUGCGUGACUUCAAGCGCAUGCAAACUGACCCUCCAGCCGGUGUCUCUGCUUCCCCAGUAGCUGAUAACGUCAUGACAUGGAACGCCGUCAUCAUUGGUCCCGCCGAUACACCUUUUGAAGAUGGCACGUUCCGUCUGGUGAUGAACUUUGAAGAGCAAUACCCCAAUAAGCCUCCUGGGGUGAAGUUUAUCAGCCAAAUGUUCCACCCCAAUGUGUACGGAACCGGUGAGCUGUGUCUAGACAUUUUGCAGAAUCGUUGGAGUCCCACAUAUGACGUGGCCGCCAUCCUCACUAGUAUUCAAAGUCUCCUGAAUGACCCCAAUACUUCCUCUCCGGCCAACGUCGAAGCCUCGAAUCUUUACAAAGACAAUCGCAAAGAGUACACCAAGCGUGUUCGUGAGACAGUGGAAAAGAGCUGGGAGGACUAA